GUAAUUAUUAUGUCUUCUAUUAUUGCUACUAAUAUUCCUUCCACUGUAACGGUUGAGAAGUUACAAGAAUUCUUCUCCUUCUGUGGAGAUGUCAAAUCCAUCAAUCCUCUUGGAUCUGGCAAGUACGAGGUAAAUUUCAAGAGUGAAAAAGCCCUUUCCACUGCCUUAUUGUUGAACGACGCCGAAUUAGAAGGCAGUUCCAUCAAGGUUGAAGAAAACAAGUUACCUACGUAUGAGGAGGUUCCUGACAAGAAGCCUGAAGAUGUGGGCACCAGUGAUGAGAAAAAGUCAUUCACCGCCACGGGAGAUCAUAACUACGACGACAUUGAGCAGGAAGAAAAGCCCAAGUAUGCCAUUAUGGCGCAAUUGUUGUCGCAAGGAUACGGAAUCAGUGAUCAGAUGAUUGAAAAGUCCAUUUCGUUCGACAAGGAACAUGGAUAUUCCACCCGUUUCAAAGGGUUUGUUAAAUCGUUGGACGAGAAAUAUAUCCAUUUGCAGAACCCUGAAAGCAAGUCUUCCAAGUUGUUGGGAGACUUGGUGGGUCAAGGAAAGGUGGUUUACGGUAAAUUCAACAAGUACUUUGAGCAGUUGGCAGAAAACCCAUAUGGUGCGAAGGUACACGACUUUUAUAAGAACUUGGCAGGGGAUGUGAAAGAUGUACACUUGGAGGCCAAAAGAUUGAACCAGUUGAAGAAAGAAGAAGAUGCCAAGAGUGGUGUUGAUCAUGUCAGUGCCAUAAUUGACAAGCAGUAAAAGCGGUGAUUUUUUACGACUUUUUAUGACUAUUGCUAUUUAGGUUUAAAACAUUUUAACAUUUGUGAAAUUCGCAGUUGCAACCAACUUCAUGCAAGCACGUAUGGAGUAUUUAAAGUACAGAAGGCUCCGUAGGGAAAUUGCUCCACUCCAGCAACAUGCCCUUAAAGAAACUGUACAAGCCCUUUUGGUGCUUAGAUACCCUUUCAUCAAAGCUUUCCCAGAGAUAAAGAAAGAGUAGUAGUACACAAACACCACCAACCACUAAUAACAUACUAACAGCCAAGCUAUGACAUUGUUCAAGACAGGCUUGUGGAAGACAAGCUGAUGACACGAGAGGAUGGGUUGUCGAUUCUUAAAGUAUGGCUUCUCUUGAGGAAUCUUAAUAUGCUUUUGUACGAUAAUCAGUUUGUGUUUGCAGCCGAAGACUUAAUCGAAAGCCUCGGACAAAUUUUGGACACCAGGUUUGCGGGCUUUAGCUACAUAGAGUUUAUGGUAUAGACACAUGAAUAGACGUUUCAGUAACCGUUGUGCAUCCGGGAGUUCGAGCCAAUGAUGUCG